CGCGUCGGGUGCCCGCGCCGAGCGCACGCACGCCCUGUUACCGCCAGUUCGAAUCGUGCUUAAAUUCUAUAACUUUGUGUAAACGAAUCCUGGCAUGUUUCCCCUUGUCACCCUUUGACCAUUUCCAAGUUUUAAGUGAAUCGAGUGACUGGUGAAAACUUUGGUGGAAUGAAAUGUUGAUAAACAGUUUUUAUUGGCUUGUACAACUUAUGAUGGACACCAUUGGAACAAUUUAUUAAUUGCGGUUUUCUAAAAGAUUCAACAUGUACGGGACGUCGACGGCGUCGACGACGUCGGGCUCCCGCGGGGCGAGCGUGGCUGUGGACCGGCGCGUGCGCGUGGUGCGCCUGAUGCGUGCGCGCCGCGCCUCGCCCGCCUUUGGUUUCUCGCUGCGCGGGGGCCGGGAGUACGCCACGGGCUUCUUCGUCUCCAAAGUGGAAUUCAACUCCGAAGCUCAUCUGCAAGGACUCAAGGUGGGCGACCAACUGGUGAGCGUGAACGGCUACCGAGUGGACGACGCCGUGCACUGCGAGCUGGUCCACUACCUCGCGUCACAGUCACGCCUCAAGAUCAAAGUCAGACAUGUGGGAAUGGUACCAAUAAAAGACAAAGCCCACGAGUCGUUGUCGUGGCAGUACGUGUCCGACCGUGCGUCGCUGGGUUCCGACGUGUCGUCGUCGCCGACGCUGUGCCACGACACGGAGCGCAUGGCCGACCUGCGACUGUCCAUCCUGGUUCCGCCCAGGGCCAAACUGGGUUGCGGGAUCUGCAAGGGGCCCGAAUGGAAGCCUGGCAUCUUCGUGCAGUUCGUGCGCGAGAAUGGAAUCGCUCGAGAGGCGGGCUUGAGGCCCGGGGACCAGAUACUGGCGUGCAAUGGACAGGAUUUUGCCAACGUUUCUUUUAAUGAUGCUAUAUCAGCCAUGAAAGCAUCGGGCCGGCUGGAGCUGCUUAUCCGCGAAGGAGCCGGCACCGAGCUGGUGUCCCCGGAGAGUUCCGGCUACAACAGCUCGGCGUCAUCGGCCGCAGGGGAGCGGAGUCCCGCGCCGGUCGCUCACGUCCCACUGGCCCCUCCGGCGGCGCUGAGAAGGCGGCUCGCCAGUGUGGCGGAAGAGGCUGCCGAUCGCGCUGAUAGACUGAAUAUGAAUCGACUGAAGCGGCGGACGUGGGAUAGUUUAGAUUUCGACUGGAAGAACAUGGACAUUCACAACUUCGACGCACCAUCAGACAUAGAACCUGAUUACGAUUGCCCUAGUAUACCAAAUAAUCCCCACACAUACGAAAAUAAAAGUAACAUUAGGAAAAAUAAUAUUAAUAAGAAAGAAAUAAUUAGCAGCCCAUCAAAUAGAACUAUAAUUAAUUUAACUGAAGACGGUGCCACGAUACAAUGUAGUUACGAUAAUCAAUCUCCUAGGAAAAGUACAUUUUCUGCUAAUCAGUCGAAUAGGGACAAUGACAAAAAAACCAUAGUGGUCGAGGUGCAUCACACGAGCGCGCCGGCUUGUGGCAAACCACAUUGCAACUACCCGCCUCCAAUGAAGAAAGACCUUAGCUCUGACACUACAAGCAUUUCUAGUUGUGGGACGCUAUCGAGUGCUAUUGCCGAAGAGAUACAGAAAAGGAAAUUGAACAAGAAGAACUCGAAUCCAGAGAACAGCCUACCUUUAAGUCUUAUAAAGAAGGCGAGCUUACCGUUGCCGACCGAUGACAAGAAGAAGCAGCAUGAUGCCCUGAUAGACGAGUUCAAGAAGGUCCAUCGGAAGAUGUUCUCGGGGCAGGACCCCGGCGAAGCAGGGAAAGCUGAGAACAACGAUGUUGACAGUUUGGAUCGCCAGCAAACGCUACCGCUGAGGAAGAUAGAAGCUCAGUCGGAAAUAUUAACAAACGGACACCAGCAGGCGAAACGAGAUGUGAGCAACGGACAUACGCAGCAAAUACGCGAAACUUACAACGGGCACGUUCAACAAAAACGCGAUACAGCGAAUGGGCAUAUAAGCGAAGCUUUGAACGGGCACAUACUACAAAAACGCGAAGACUUGAAUGGGUUUCAGCAAAAGCGGCAAGUCGCGAAUGGACAACCGCAUUCUGAUGGGCAUAUGCAGCAAAAACGAGAAGCGGACAACCCUCCUCCACCACCGCCGAUGCCAGCGGUGAAUGGUCAACUGAACGGAGAACGUAAAAAAUUAGACAUAUCGAAAUCGUUUCCAAAAACACUUAACACAGAUCUGGUUAACUCUUUGAACCAAAGAAAUGGUUCGUUGGCACGAACGCCGACGCCCGACUACAAUAACAAGACAGACUUUAAGACACAAUUUAAAUUGAAGAGUGUGAAAGAUGACAAGGCCGAGCUGGACUCGCUAGAGUCAUAUACAUUAAAGAAUCCCGCUAACGUGCAACCAAAGCCGCCAUCGAAUUAUUUUGUGAAAGCGCCGAACGGGACAGCUACGAUGAAGAAGCACCAAAGACCGGUGUCUGUCACGAUAGGGGAGUACGCGGGAGGCGGGAACAGCCGGCGCGAACCUUCCAAGCUGGAGUUCCUCAAUGGUGACAAACCUGAUGGACCCGUGCCGGCAGCCGAUGAUGAACAUAUUUCCAAUAGACUUCAGUCCGAGUUAGCCCUCACACUUUCUAGGUCCAAUUUACGCAAAAAGACUGACGCAUUGAUCGACGCAGGUCGAUGAUUUGAAGAUCACUGUGAUUUGUGAUUACAAUAAAAUUAGUUUAAUUAGUGUGUUUUAUGUCAAAUAUUUUUAGUGCAGAAAGUAUGUAUAAUUAUUUUAGUAUAUAUCUGUGAAUAAAAUAAUAUGUUUUAAUAAAGUUUCGAAGAAGAAAUUGCCAUUAACUGUUUUAAAAAAGCGUAUUUAAUAAUAAUAAUUCAAGUUGAUUUAAUUUAUAGCUGCUAUAUGCAUAGGCAUUGAACAGGGCAUUGCCAAAGUUAUUCUCACAAUUGUUUGAAGUUAAGCUAAAACUGUAUUAUGGAUACAGACUAGGUUCAGUUAAUGUUAUAAAGUUAUUUGUUUUACAAGGGGAAAAGUUGUUGCCUUGAAACCCUCGCAACGCUCUAGAUUCCACUUUUCGAAACACUCGCUAACAUGUCACCUUUCAUAUCGUGCGCUAGAUAGGCACCUAUAUCAUUGUGUAACUAACUAUAUUUAAUUUAGAUUACUAAGUUUUUUUUUAAAUUGAUAAAAAAAUUUGCUCAUGUAUGUAAAGUAGGUAACUUUAGGUCGGUCUUUGGUAUAUUAAGUAAGACACAACUAUAUACCUACCUACUUUUUAAUUGUGAAAUCUUUAUUUAAAAUAUGUCCAGCUUAGUUGACGUGUGCCUAAGUAAGUAUGUGUGUCUACUUGUCUAGUGCUAAUAGUCGUCAAAUGUUUUAGUGCGAAUUACUGUAUUAUUUUACGAAUUACCUAAGUCAUAAUCGUAGACAUUAAACAAUUGAAUAUUUAUGAA